AUGCUGGCUGUCCCAGAGAUGGACUUACAGGGGCUGUACAUUGGCUCCAGCCCACAGCGGUCUCCAGUGCCCAGCCCACCUGCCUCCCCAAGGACCCAGGAAAGCUGUGGCAUUGCCCCUCUCACACCCUCACAGUCUCCAAAGCCCGAGGCCCGAGGCCCUCAGCAGGCCCCCUUCUCCGUGGUCGUGGCUAUCGACUUUGGCACCACAUCCAGUGGCUAUGCCUUCAGCUUUGCCAGUGACCCUGAGGCCAUCCACAUGAUGAGGAAAUGGGAAGGUGGGGACCCAGGUGUGGCCCACCAGAAGACCCCUACCUGCCUGCUGCUGACCCCAGAGGGUGCCUUUCACAGCUUUGGCUAUACAGCCCGCGAUUACUACCACGAUCUGGACCCUGAGGAGGCUCGUGACUGGCUCUACUUCGAAAAGUUCAAGAUGAAGAUCCACAGUACCACUGAUCUCACUUUGAAGACCCAGCUAGAAGCAGUAAACGGAAAGAAAAUGCCUGCCCUGGAGGUGUUCGCUCAUGCCUUGCGCUUCUUCAAGGAGCAUGCCCUUCAGGAGCUGAGGGAGCAGUGCCCAUCACUGCUGGAGAAGGACACUGUGCGCUGGGUGUUGACCGUACCUGCCAUCUGGAAACAACCAGCCAAGCAGUUCAUGCGGGAGGCUGCCUACCUGGCUGGACUAGUGUCGAGAGAGGAUGCAGAGCAAUUACUCAUCGCCCUGGAGCCCGAGGCUGCCUCUGUAUACUGCCGCAAGCUGCGUCUGCACCAGCUCGUGGAUCUGAGUAGCCGAGCUCCAGGCAGAGGGUGCCUGGGCGAGCGCCGCUCCAUCGACUCCAGCUUCCGUCAGGCCCGAGAGCAGCUUCGAAGAUCCCGUCACAGCCGGACAUUCCUGGUGGAGUCGGGUGUUGGAGAGCUGUGGGCCGAUAUGCAAGCAGGAGAUCGCUAUGUGGUGGCAGACUGUGGGGGAGGCACAGUGGACCUGACUGUGCACCAGCUGGAGCAGCCCCAUGGCACCCUCAAGGAGCUCUACAAGGCGUCUGGCGGGCCCUGCGGCGCGGUGGGCGUGGACCUGGCUUUUGAGCAGCUGCUGGGCCGCAUCUUCGGUGAGGACUUCAUCACCACCUUCAAAAGGCAACGUCCAGCAGCCUGGGUGGAUCUGACUAUAGCCUUCGAGGCCCGCAAACGCACUGCAGGCCCACACCGUACAGGGGCGCUCAACAUCUCCCUACCGUUCUCCUUCAUUGACUUCUACCGUAAGCAGGGAGGCCACAAUGUGGAGACGGCCCUGCGCAAGAGCAGCGUGAACUUCGUGAAGUGGUCCUCACAUGGGAUGCUCAGGAUGUCUUGUGAGGCCAUGAAUGAACUCUUUCAGCCCACCGUCAGCGGGAUCAUCCAGCACAUAGAAGCACUGCUGGAGCGCCCUGAGGUGCAGGGUGUCAAACUGCUGUUCCUGGUGGGCGGCUUCGCCGAGUCAGCUAUGCUGCAGCACGCGGUGCAGGCAGCUCUGGGCGCCCGCGGCCUGCGUGUGGUGGUUCCGCACGACGUAGCCCUCACCAUCCUCAAAGGUGCAGUGCUUUUUGGGCAGGCGCCGGGAGUGGUUCGGGUGCGUAGAUCGCCGCUCACUUACGGCGUGGGCGUGCUCAACCGCUUCGUGGCUGGUGUUCACCCGCCUGACAAGCUGCUGGUUCGUGACGGUCGCCGCUGGUGCACCGAUGUUUUUGAGCGCUUCGUGGCCGCCGAACAGUCGGUGGCCCUGGGCGAGGAGGUGCGGCGCAGCUACUGCCCAGCGCGCCCAGGACAGCGGCGAGUGCUCAUCAACCUAUACUGCUGCGCUGCGGAGGACGCGCGCUUUAUCACCGACCCAGGAGUGCGCAAGUGUGGCGCGCUCAGCCUAGAGCUAGAGCCAGCCGAGGGAGGCCCCGACACCGCCGGAAUGCCCCCCGGCCGCCGCGAGAUCCGCGCUGCCAUGCAGUUUGGCGACACUGAGAUUAAGGUCACCGCUGUCGAUGUCAGCACCAAUCGCUCCGUGCGCGCCGCCAUCGACUUUCUUUCCAAUUGA